AUGGAUUCCGUCAAGAACGCUGCCAAGUACGUUGCUGCCCAUCCAUCUCGACAAUUCCCUGUCAUCGUUAAUACUGACUCGAAUUCUUCAAGCUUCGUCGGUGACAAGGUCAACGAGGCUACCUCAGGUGCUUCCAAGGAGGCCAACAAGAACGUCGCCAAGGACUCUGAUGCGUCUCUCGGUACCCGUGCCUCUGCUGCAAAGGAUGCUGCCGGUGAUAAGAUUGAUGAGAGCAAGAACUCUGCUUCCGCUGAGGGCAACAAGCAGAAGGCUACUCACUAA